AUGCCGAAAGAACCUACGGGUGACCCAAAGCAGCACGAUACCUCCAAGUUCAAGGAUGGCAUGUCAGGAACUUGUCUGUGCGGCAGUGUUACCGUCCACAUCAAGGACGGCGAGCUGUUUGACAAGCCCCAAGGCCAUCUCUGUCAUUGUGCAAACUGCCGCAAGGUUGCUGGAUCGUUUGUUGCCUCCAACCUGUUGCUCGAUCAAGAGAAGGUCACGAUUGAAGACAAAAAUGGGACGUUGAAGACAUACACAGACCGCGAGACGUUGAGCGGAAAUCCAGUAUACCGAACGUUCUGUUCGGAGGAUGGGAAUCCCAUCAAGUCUGAAACCGAAUUGUACCCUGGCAAAGUCAUCCUCAAGAUGGGCAUAUUCCCACGAAUCCCGACCCCGGUCGCAGAAGCAUUCGGCCUACACAAACACGACUGGCAAGGCUCGCAUCAGGGCAUCGACACAUAUGAGAUCAAGUGGGCAGGACCUGAUAAGAAGCUCAUGGAAUCCGGCUCAUAG